AUCUCCACGCGCUUUAUACAAGGCUUCCACUUCGGUAGUAAUCUCUAUGCUCUUUUUUCCUGACCUAUACACCCAUUCACACAUAUAAACACACAAAUAUCUUCUUCAUCUCUCCCCCUGCAUCUCUCUCGUCUCUCUCAAAUCCCUCUCUCCUCUCUCUCCAGAUUAAUUUCGCUUAAUCGCAGAGUCAAUUUCUCUCGCCUUCUUCGAAUCUUUACGUCUCGGUUUAUGAGCUCGAAGGAGAAACCAACGCUCGGUGGUACGCGGAUUAAGACCCGCAAACGGAACAUUGCUGCUCCUCUGGACCCUGCAGCUUUUGCUGAUGCAGUGGUCCAGAUUUAUCUGGAUAAUGCUGGUGAUCUGGAACUUAUUGCUAGGAGCCUUGAAUCGUCAGACCUUAACUUCUCUAGAUACGGUGACACCUUUUUUGAGGUUGUCUUCACAGGAGGGCGUACACAACCUGGCACAACAAAAUCUGAUGAGGGGGAGCGCCAUCCUUACUCUGUAAUUGAUUGCGAGCCUAAGCGUGAACUCAUUUUGCCAUCUGUAAUUUACAUACAGAAGAUAUUGCGACGACGGCCAUUCCUCAUUAAAAAUCUUGAAAAUGUUACUAGAAGAUUUUUGCAGUCCCUUGAACUUUUUGAGGAAAAUGAGAGGAAGAAGCUGGCAAUAUUCACAGCACUUGCAUUUUCCCAGAAAUUGUCGGGACUUCCACCAGAGACUGUAUUCCAGCCUCUACUCAAGGAUAACCUUGUUGGCAAAGGGCUAGUACUGUCAUUUAUAACAGAUUUCUUUAAGGAAUAUCUGAUUGACAACAGUCUUGAUGAUUUGAUUGCAAUUCUGAAGAGGGGUAAGAUGGAGGAUAAUCUUCUUGAGUUCUUCCCAUCUGCAAAGCGUUCUCCUGAAGCCUUCUCGGAGCAUUUUACGAAAGCUGGAAUUGCUCCCUUGGUUGAAUACAAUGAGAAGAAGAUAUUCGAGGUGAAGCUGAAGGAAAUGAAAUCUGCACUAACAACACAGAUAGCAGAGGAAGCUGAUAUAUCUGAAGUAAUAGAAUCUGUGAAACAACAUGUUAAAGAUGCUAAAUUACCAGAUAUUGAAGUUGUACGGAUCUUGUGGGAUGUUAUGAUGGAUGCUGUCCAGUGGUCUGGAAAGAAUCAACAGCAGAAUGCUAACUUAGCUCUUCGUCAGGUGAAAACAUGGGCCGAAUUAUUGAAUACCUUUUGCACCAGUGGCAAGCUUGAAUUGGAACUCCUGUAUAAAGUCCAGGUUCAGUGUUACGAGGACACUAAGCUGAUGAAGAUAUUUCCAGAAAUUGUGAGGUCUCUAUAUGACUUGGACGUUCUUGCAGAAGAUACCAUUCUUCACUGGUUCCGUAAGGGAACAAACCCCAAGGGCAGGCAAAGCUUUGUGAAGGCAAUGGAGCCCUUUGCAAAAUGGCUAGAGGAGGCAGAAGAGGAGGAAUAACUGGCCUUUAAAUCCUAUGGUGAGGCUAGAGGCAGCAGAAGAGGAUAAAUCUGUCUGACCUUUUUCCUACUGCAAUUCUUCCUGCUGUUUAAUCCUAGAGUAUUACGAUCUUCUUUGUUGAAUGUAUUUCUGAGAAGUUCUGUUUGUUCUGAUGAUAUGAUUGAGCCACCAUGUUUUUUAUUAUGGAUAAUAAUCUGUUUGACAUUUUCA